CCUCCCCUUCCCCCACUCAGGCCCCAGCCCGGCCUCAGGUCGGGCGCCGCCACCGCCCCUGUUUUGUUUCCAUGGCGACAGGAGGCGCGGGGCCGGCUCCAAACAUAACGCGCUGUGGAAAACAUGCGGCUCGGAGGACCGCCCCGCAGCCCCCGCUCGGGGCAGAGACCCAUGGGGACCCGAGGCUGCCCAGGCCACGUGCAGUUUGGCAAGUGCCCGGAGCCGGCCCGGCCGCACAAGACCCCCUCUCCAAGGCUUGCCGCGUCUUCCUCGGCUCGCUCGAGGCCCAGCGACUCUCCAAGGCGCGCCUGCGGGUGCCGUCUGGGGACGAGCCCGCGGCCGCGCUCCCCAGAAGGCCGCAGCCCCACCUCCUGGAGCCCCGCCGCUUCUCAGACCGCGGGAAAGCGCGCCUCCCCAGAGGCCUCCCCAGGUCCCCAACCCCCGCUGGCCCGACGGGUGGCGGCGGGGGGCGGGUCCUGGUGUUGUGGGGGGGAACUAGCCCAAACGUAUGAGGAGGUGCUUCCGGGUCAGAGAGCGAGCAAGAUGGCGGCGCCCAUGGAGUUGUUCUGCUGGUCCGGGGGCUGGGGGCUGCCGUCAGUGGACCUGGACAGUCUGGCUGUGCUGACCUAUGCCAGAUUUACUGGUGCUCCACUCAAGGUACACAAGAUCAGCAAUGCCUGGCAGAGUCCUUCAGGAACUCUGCCUGCCCUUCGAACCAGUCAUGGAGAGGUCAUCUCAGUACCACACAAGAUCAUCACCCAUCUUCGAAAAGAGAAGUAUAAUGCUGAUUAUGAUCUGUCAGCCCGGCAAGGAGCAGAUACCCUGGCCUUCAUGUCUUUGCUGGAGGAAAAACUACUCCCUGUGCUAAUACAUACUUUUUGGAUAGACACUAGGAACUAUAUAGAAGUGACCCGGAAAUGGUACGCAGAGGCUAUGCCCUUUCCCCUCAACUUCUUCCUGCCUGGCCGCAUGCGGCGACAGUACACGGAGCGGCUGCAGCUACUGUGUGGAGAGCAUAAGCCCGAGAAUACGGAAGAACUAGAGAAGGAGCUCUAUCAAGAGGCUCGGGAAUGCCUAACCCUUCUUUCUCAACGCCUGGGCUCUCAGAAGUUCUUCUUCGGAGAUGCCCCUGCCUCCCUGGAUGCCUUUGUUUUUAGUUACUUGGCCCUGCUGCUACAGGCCAAGCUGCCCAGUGGGAAGCUGCAGACUCACCUGCGAGGGCUGCACAACCUCUGUGUUUACUGCACCCACAUCCUCAGCCUCUACUUUCCCUGGGAUGGAGCUGAAGUGCCACCCCCACGCCAGACACCAGCAGGCCCUGAGACGGAGGAGGAGCCAUACCGGCGUCGGAACCAGAUUCUAUCAGUGUUGGCAGGGCUUGCUGCCAUGGUGGGCUAUGCCCUGCUCAAUGGCAUCGUUUCUAUCCAGCGGGCAACACCUGCUCGGGCCCCCAGCACGCGGGCCCUGGGCAUGGCUGAGGAGGAGGAGGAAUGAUGUACGCUCAUUCUCUCAGGACUCAUUUUUCUACUGUCAUGCAUUCCAGAUGCCCCUUUGCCUCCCCAGUUUUAGGGUAGCCGGAAAUGGGGUGCUAUCCCCAAAAUAAAGCUGCUCACACUGA